AUGGCGGGAAAAGGAUGGAGGUCAAAGAAAAUUCUGACUCUUUUACCUCCUUUAGAGUCAGAUGAUUCAGAUUUGGAGUCUGACGAUGACGCAGAAAGGAUAAUAGGAGCGCGUGAGUUUUUCUCUCAUAACUAUAGUGGAUCCUCACCAGUGUCUUCACCGCCAAGAUCAGUUUCUGCUGGUCUUUAUGAUCUACUGCAAGAUUUGAGCGACUCUGAUGACCUUGAUCCAGAACCACUUGCACCAGGAGUAAGGACGCGACAGCCACUAACGUCAGAAUCGUCGCCAAUCGUUGCUACUACCCGCCGUUCUCAUCUACCACCCUGCUACGUGCCGGAAUCGUUAUACUCGACUCCUAUUGGAACGGCACUGGCACCAGGAGUAACGACGCGUAGUAACAGACAAACAGCAAAUGUUGAAUCGUCACCAGUGCCAAUUCGUCCACCUGUUUCUAGAAAGCGUAAAAUGAGUCAACUAGAGUUUUCAUUCAAGAAAACGAAAUAUACUGGUGCCGUCGAUGUGGAUUCAGGCACUAGCUUUCUUGAGCAGCAUGAAGUGAUACGUCCGGUGGCAUAUUUAAAAAAAUUGUUUACCGACGAUUUAUUAACUUUCAUUGUGGAAAUGACUAACCCGUAUUCCGUACAGAAUACCGGUAAAUCUAUAUGCGUGUCAAAAAACUACUGGAGCAAUGAACUUAGAUUUAAGCCCAUUGCAACUGCUAUGUCCCUAAAACGAUACAAAUGUAUCAAGCGCUAUCUUCAUUUUUGCGAUAACACAAAUGUCAACCACAGUGAUAGCUACCACAAAGUGUCUCCUGUGAUAGAGCAUGUACGUAAGCAAUGUCUCAAAAUAGAGGAGGAAAGAGCAUUUGCUAUAGAUGAGAUGAUCAUACCCCAUAAAGGUAAAAAAGCAGGUCACAGGAAACAGUAUAAUCCCAAAAAACCACACAAAUGGGGAUUUAAAUUUCUGGUUCGAGCUGGGUCCUCGGGGAUGGUCUACGAUUUUUUCCCUUACGAUGGUUCAAACACAUUUCAGGAUACACUGUUCACAGAAUGGGAAGAAAAUUACCUUGGUGUUGGAGGUAAGACAGUCAUUAGAUUGUGCAAGACAAUAUCUAAUCCCACUCUGUGUACAGUAUACUUUGACAAUUGGUUUACGUCACUGGAAUUACUUUACCGAUUGCGUAACUGUUGUUUAAGUAGUGACAAGGUAAUGAAGAAGAAGGGACGAGGAACUUACGAAGUAAUGUGUGACAAUGACAAGAAAAUAGCAGUAACUAAAUGGGUAGACAAUCAAUGCAUUCAUAUUGCCAGCUCAUUCUGUGCAGAAGAUCCGGUUACUACAAUAGAAAGAUACGAUAAAAGAGAGAAGAAAAGAAUUUCUGUGCCUUGUCCAAAAGUCAUCAAAGUCUACAAUGCUCAUAUGGGUGGAGUGGAUAUUGCGGACAUGUUGACUGCAUUAUACCGCAUUCACAUGAAGACUAGGCGUUGGUAUAUCUCAAUAUUUGCCCAGGUAUUAGAUAUUGCCCUAAAUAAUAGCUGGUUGUUGCACCAUCGUGAUUGUUCGCAACUUACAGAGAAAUCACUGCCACUAAAAAAGUUCCGCAUGCAGGUUGCCCUUGCUCUAAUCCAGGGCAAUAAUACAGCAUCUCAGAGAGUUACAUUAGAUGAUGCACCAGCUGAUCUGAUUGCUAAGCCAUUCGUACCGCGACCCAUAGAAGAAAUUCGUUACGAUCGCUUUGAUCAUUUUAUUGAAUUCACUGCACAGGGUCGAUGCCGUUUGUGCAGGCACGGCAAGACCACUGUUGUAUGCUCUAAAUGCAACCAAAGACUCUGCUGUACAUCAAAGAAAAAUUGUUUUCGUAAGGUACGUUGGGGUAAGAUCGGUGAUGGGGCAAGACCGUAG